AUGCAUCUCUUGGAUUCUUUUCCUUCUCUCUCUCUCGACCUCUCGAGCCAUGGAACCAGGGGUUGCGCCUACCCCAACACCAUCACCGGGGCAUCCAACACCACUACCUUACUGGGGAAGUACCAAUUGGGGCGAUUACUGGGACGAGGCAGCUUCGCCAAGGUGUACCAAGCACUAUCAAUAGUGGAUGACACAGUUGUGGCCGUGAAGAUCAUCGACAAGUCCAAAACCGUCGACGCCACCAUGGAACCACGGAGAAUCGGAGAGAUCAUGCCCAUGCGUCGCCUCCAGGACCACCCCAACAUCCUCAAAAUCCUUAAGGUCAUGGCCACCAAGACCAAGAUCUAUCUCGUCGUGGAGCUCACCACGGGCGAUGAGUUGUUCUCCAAGAUCUCUUGCCGCGGCAAGCUGGUUGGGCCGUCCGUGCGGCGGUACUUCCAGCAGCUGGUAUCGGCGCUGCAUUUCUACCACCAAAACGGUGUCGCCCACAGCAACGUGAAGUCGGCGCUGCACUUCUGCCACCAAAACGAGCGUUGCCCACCGCGACGUGAAGCCGGUGCUGCAUUUCUGCCACCAAAACCGCGUCACCCACCGCGACGUGAAGCCUCAGAACCUCCUGGUUUAGUUUGA